CAGCUCAUGAAAAAAAACACACCCGAUGUCACGCUGACUAGUGUUUGAUCUAGUCAGGUUUAAUUCUGUCCUUCCUAGGCAAAAAAAAACCAUUGUCGUUUUGAAAUUUAGCACAGUUUUAAGGUGCAUCAAGUUAGCUUUAGAUGACGAGAAGUGGAUCAAAUGCCUCCUGGGCCAUGGGCGUCUCUCUGUUGGAUUUUACUCUCUGUCUGCCUCCUGUUUGCCUCUACAGAUGGGAAAAUCAUCAAAGCUGAGCCUGGACAGAACGUCACUCUGCCAUGUCGAACUCCACAUAUCAGCGUUCCCAUCAGAUCUGUGGUGGAGUGGUUCAGACUUGACCUGCAGGAAGGACAUGUCCUCAUGUACCGGGAUGAGCAGUUUAUUUCAAUGAACCAGCUUCCAUCGUUUGUGAACCGGGUGGAUCUGCAGGACAGACAGAUGAAGGACGGAGACGUGUCUUUGAUUCUGAAGGACGUGACGAGUGAUGACACUGGAACAUUUCAGUGUUACGUGGUCCAGAGAGGAACAAAUGGCAGGAAAAGCACUGUUGAUCAUAUCAGCACCAUCUACCUGAGAGUUGUAGGGAGCAGCGAUGGACAUCCAACAAUGAAAUGUACACGUAAUAAUGCCAAUGAAGUCCGUAUAGUGCAGCCAGUCCCUUAA